ACGAGAGGAGGAAACAAAGAGGUUUUAAUGGAAACAUAAACACACCCUAGACCGAGCGCUUUAGUUUCUCAGGGAAUAAAUGUGACUACAUCCAUUACUUCCCCGGCAAUAAUAAAGCGGUUGAACUGAAAGAACGAGGGUGUGUUGGAUAGUGUCAAGGCACAACUGAGAGUCAGUCAGUAUGGCACUGAAAAGAAUACAAAAGGAACUCCAAGACCUGCAGAGAGACCCUCCAGCACAGUGCUCUGCUGGACCAGUGGGGGAGGACAUGUUUCAUUGGCAGGCAACCAUAAUGGGUCCGCCUGACAGUCCAUACCAGGGAGGAGUCUUCUUUCUCACAAUCCACUUCCCUACCGACUAUCCCUUCAAGCCACCAAAGGUAGCGUUUACAACAAAAAUUUAUCACCCAAAUAUAAACAGCAAUGGGAGUAUCUGUUUGGACAUUCUACGGUCACAGUGGUCUCCAGCACUAACAGUAUCUAAAGUUCUAUUGUCCAUAUGUUCGUUGCUUUGUGACCCCAACCCAGAUGACCCCUUAGUCCCAGAUAUAGCACACAUCUACAAGAACGACAAAGAAAAAUACAACAAACAAGCAAAAGAAUGGACCCAAAAGUAUGCCAUGUAGUAUGAAAAACAGCAGAGUUGCUCUUUUUCCUCUCUUUUUUUUUCAAAGUCAUAACACACUGUAAUUAUAGUAUGGAAUCAUAAAGUAAUAGGUAACAUCAAUUAUAUUGUGCUGUCAUCAACAUUCAACAUUAUUAAUAUUCUGAGACCAUGACUUACAGAGUAUUUCGUUUUUUGAAAGGACGCAGAGGACGUUUACUUUGCACAGCUGAUGAUUGUGUGUCAUUGUUGGAGAGAUACUUUGACAUUUCAAAGUUUUAGUGUCAUUUUUGUUUUGUCGAGUGAUAUAUAUUUAUAAAGCACUUUUAACAGAAACAUUCAUCAUAAAGUACAUUACAGGGAACAAACAACUUAAAUACAGAAAAAAAAGUCAACAAAUUAUAAGCACAUCAACAAUAAGUUGGUGUGUGUGUGUGUGUGUGUGUGCAUGUGCGCGUGCGCAUGCGUGUGUGUGUGUUUGGCUUCAUAAAACACAGGUUGUCGGGUGCUUUCCAUUUUCAUCACUGUGUGGCAUCGAUGAAUUUUAGGGGGAAAAAAGCAGCCUGUGUUUUUCCGCCAUCUGAACAAAUCUGUAGCAGACCUCAUAUGGAGGCCCAUUAGGUAUAAGCUAAUAUCUUGGUUUUCAGCAGUACCCAUGGGCUUUUACUAAUGAUGCCGAAAAGCAUUUGUAAGGGUAUCUGAGAGGCAUGGUGUCAGAGUAGCGUGGUGGUCUGAUGGCUGAAAAAAAAAAACAUUCCCGUAACUGUUAACGUCAUGUGUUUAAUCCCGGCAACAUCCAAAUGUGUCCAUCCGUAACUAGUGAGUCACUGUGCAAGAAGCUAACUCGCCUCCCAGUUGAAGCCACUCCGGUAAGCACCAAGGCAGAAAUGAUGGACACAUUAAUGUGAAAAUUGAAGGGCAAUCUCCAUUCAAAUGUUUUGUGGGGGGGGGGGGGGGGGAUGAACUAAAAUUCAAAAUGUCAAAAUAUCUCAAAUAUUGUAACACCUCGCCUUCAUUUGCUCACGGGUGACAGAAGAUGAAUGAAAUAACGUACUGUUACAGUUGCCCAGAAAUUGUGAGCGAUCACAAAAUCAAAUCACAUUAUUUCUCUUUAAUCUCCUUUUAUUUUCUCCAUCUUUCUAGGUGCAUAAUUGUUAUUUUCAUUCAGUUAUGUCUGCUGUGUUGAAGGCAGAUUUUCUCUGGGCCCAUUUUUUAUUUUAUUCUUUGUCACUUAGAAGGAAAAUCAUCCAAGCUCCAUAAUGUCAAGCUGUCAUUAAAAGCUAUUUAUGUACCUGUUUACUCUGGGAAUAGUGGCGUCGGCUCGUUGGUGUGAUUUACACAGGCACACAGGAUUUUGCACCUAAUGUGACCUAUAUUUGAAAAUUAUGUCGUGUUUGACCGAAAAUUUAUUUGUGAUGCAAUCAAUUUAUCUAUCUAUCCUCUGUUAGAUCAAAGAGUGUUUUUUUUUGGUUUUUUUUUUUUUUUGCAGAUAUGAUUUGAGCCACGAAGGGACAAAAAUCUAAUUUGCUGUUUCUGUGUAAACAACCUCUUUCAGAUGCUUUUAAGGUUUGUUUGGCACCUUUUGUACUGAAUUAAAGAAUGGUGCGGUUUUUA